UGCUCACUUUUUGAUGCGAAUUCUUAGUGCGAUGAUCAGUGAUGAGAAAUCUCGUCAUCGCAUUUAAAUCUCUUCUCUUUCCAGACACCUUCGCCCACCAAAUGUCGCCAUGACUGCAAUCUCCCGCGUCCUGUCCUACGCGGUCAACAAGCCCUAUCGAACCCGCGACCUUCGCCAUGACUCUUCACCGUAUGUAAACGCAGAUGGAUAUAUCGACUUCGCGCCAGGGGACAUCGAGAACCCCCGCAACUGGUCUCUGCCUCGUCGCGUCGCCAUCACCGUCACCGCCGUCUUGCUCGUCGUAAAUGCGACCUUCGCCUCCAGCUCACCCAGUGGCUGCUUUGGCUCCAUCUCCGAGCACUUCGAGGUGUCGACGGAGGUCGCAGGCCUGACAAUCACCCUCUUCCUCCUCGGUUACUGCGCUGGCCCUCUGAUAUUUGCCCCACUAAGCGAGUUCUACGGCCGUCGAUGGAUCUUCUAUAUCACCUUCGCUCUAUACCUCGCUUUCAACUUCCUAUGCGCUUUCGCUCCGAACCUAGGCGCCCUGCUCGUCGGACGGUUCCUAACAGGCACAUUCGUCUCGGCACCCUUGAGCAACUCCCCGGGCGUCCUAGCAGAUCUAUGGGAUCCACUGCAGCGCUCCAACGCCAUGGCCGGGUUCUCAGCAAUGGUCUACGUCGGACCAGCCCUGGGCCCCGUCAUCGCCGGCUUCCUCGAGCUAGAAAAAGACUGGCGAUGGAGCUUCUACGUCCUCCUCUGGCUAGGCGGAGCUACGGCUAUCCUCAUGCUUACGAUCCCAGAGACAUACGCGCCGAUCGUUCUCUGCAACAAAGCAAAACGCAUCCGCAAGGCCAAGAUCCCGGGGUAUGAGAACGUCAAGGCGCAGGCCGAGGAUAGUGAUCGGACACUUGUGGGAAUUUAUAAGGUCGCACUCACCCGGCCGUGGAUUAUUCUCUUCGACCCGAUUUCGCUCCUCUGUGCGAUUUAUAUGGCUGUGGUAUAUACCCUUCUCUAUAUGCUUUUCAGCAUCUACCCGAUUGUAUUCCAAGAACGGCGCGGGUGGAACUCCGGCGUGGGCGAGCUUCCUUUGAUUGGAACCGUCGUCGGGGCUCUAAUCGGAGGUCUGGUUGUGUUAGCGGAUACGCAUAUUCGACAACGCAGGAUUGAACGCGGCGAGAAGAAGAUAGAGGAUACCGUUCCCGAGGACAGACUCACCCUCGCGAUGAUUGGCGGUGUUGGCUUUCCGGCUACCAUGUUCUGGUUUGCCUGGUCGGCUGAAUAUAAUUACGUCCACUGGAUCGUCCCCACCCUCGCCGGAUGUUUCCUCUCAAGUUGCCUCCUGCUCAUUUUCGUCUCAUAUCUAAACUACCUCGUCGAUUGUUAUCUAAUGUACGCCGCCUCGGCAAUCGCAGCGAACACCAUCGCGCGAUCCGCAUGCGGAGCCGCCGCACCCCUCUUCACAAACCAGAUGUUCACAGCCAUGGGAAUUGGAGGCGGGGGCAGUCUCAUCGGUGGUGUUGCGACUGUGCUCGGAAUCAUCCCGUUCCUGUUCUAUAAGUACGGAAAGCAGAUUCGGGUGAGGAGUAAGUUCGCGCCCGCGUUUGAUGUGAAGAAGAAUCAGACUACGGAUGAAGAGGCUGGGGCUGUUUCUGGGGGUGUCCAAGAUGAAACCCAGCGACGUAGCCUGUCGGAGUCUACGGAGAGUACGACUUCUGAGUCGACUGUCGGUGACCAGGUGCAUGAAGCAGAAGGUCAGAACACGGUGGCUGAGGGGGCUAAGGAGGGUGACGGAGCGACCAGGGAGGGUACCUCCUAAUAUGCCAGCAACAAUGCCUAUAGAGUUGUCGGCCAAAAUAGAUAAUAGAUGCAAAUAUAGACUACGUAUAUAAAAUGGCAGUGGGAAGCCGCUCGCCCAGCAAUAAUGAAUUAUGUGGAGGUGCACCUACUUCUCACUCCG